AUAAAUUCAAAUCAAUAGGAGAGAAAAAAGUCAUAUAAAAUCCUGAGUUGAAUAAGGGUCAAGGUUUAAGCUUUCUCCUCUGAGACCAAUAAAUAGAGAGAGGUAGAAGACGCUCUAACGAUUGUCGAUAGGUUGAAGAUGAUUAUCCCCGUUCGUUGCUUCACUUGUGGCAAGGUAAUUGGGAACAAGUGGGACACUUACCUUGAUCUUCUCCAGGCAGAUUAUUCUGAAGGAGAUGCUCUUGAUGCAUUAGGCUUGGUUCGUUACUGUUGCAGACGAAUGCUCAUGACCCAUGUUGAUCUCAUUGAGAAGCUUCUUAACUACAACACUCUGGACAAAAGUGAGGGUGGUUGAUGAAAGUUAAAGGCCCUCCAGGGGGCUUGAAGUUAGUUGUUUUGGAUCUGCUUCUGAGUUUUAGGUCUUAAAUCAAUGGUGGUGAUAGUUAGGAAGACAAUUAAACUUGUAGCUGUACUACAUUAGCAAAACAGUUAUCGGAUUUUUUUGUUUUGAUGGUGAAUUGUUCCUUGUAUAUGGGCUGAGCAAUACUAAGUCUUGGAAAAUUGUCUGAAAAGUCUCUACAUGAACUGUGGAUAGAGGUUUGAUGGGACUAUUUUCAUCAUUGCUGUAACUUUUUCUCAGGUAAAUGAUCCAAAUUUUAUCUCUAGGAACAUCGUGGGCUCCUCAUUAAUCUAUGAUUUUGUUUGGAGCA